AUGCGUCUCUCAUAUGCUGCCGGCGCACUGGCGCUGUUCUCUUCAGCCCAUGCCUUUUCAGACACAUCUCCCUUCAUCCUGAUCUCUAGUGCUCGUGCCGCAGAGUCCCCGAGCCAGAACUCGAUCCAAACCUCUUCCCAAGUCGAAAAGUCUGCUAGAGACUUCCUAGAGUCAUGCCCUACCGACCGUUACCUCGUCGUGCUUCAACCUGGCUUAAGCUCUGAUGAUCUCCGCCGGGACAAUGGCAAAGCGGUACCAAAUCUUCAUCGAGCACUAUCUUACGAAGGCGUAGCAACAUCACUACGCUCUUUCCGACUCAAUCAAGGUUCUUCAAGCCGGCGGGUCAUACACGAUCGUCUACCUCUCAACCCCGGCCAAGCGGCUGAGGCCUCUGAGGCCGAACACCAAGAAUUGAAGCGAGGGUCCUAUGUACAGGUUGUCCGAAGGGACGACAACGAAACUGGCAGGGAUACCCGGGGUCUCUUCCAGAAAUACGAAUUUUUCAACAAGGGGCUGUUUAUGACAGUUUUCGCCUCUCUCAUCUUCAUCUCUAUUGUGACUUGCGGUAUCCGUGCUCUUGCUAGCGUCGACGUCUCCUAUGGCGCCUUCUCAAAGGAAAUGGGCCCCGCCGCCCAGAAGAAGCAGCAGAAGCUUUAA